AUGGUUUCUACAUUGACUGUCAAUAAAGAGGAAGGAUACAUUGAUCAAGAUCGCAUUGUCAACGACGACUUUCUUUUACCUGGAGAAUAUUUUUGCCCUUUAUGUGGAUAUCUGUUAUGGAAGCCGUGUUCAUGUUUUUCCUGUCAGAAUUUAUUUUGUCGUAAGUGUAUUCGAACAUGGCUCAAAGAAAAUCCAACUAGUUGCCCAUUUCGAUGUGCUUCAUUCGAAGAAAAACGAGCUCCACCUCACAUUCAAUCAAUCUUGGGUCGUUUACGUAUUCGUUGUCGUAAUAAUUUAUUCGGUUGUAAAGAAAUUAUAGCGUAUGAUUUACUAGAACAGCAUGAACAAGUCCAUUGUCAAUUUCGAACGAAACGAUGUGACUUGUGCGAACAACUAGUGCUUCUAGAUCAGUUCGAUAAGCAUUCAUCGUUGUGCAAACCUACGAUUGUUCAAUGUAAAUUGUGUCAAUGCGCUAUAGAAACAAGAUUGCUUGAAAACCAUUCACAACACUGUCUACAAGAAAAUCUCAGUAAUUUAUUCCUACAAAAUAUGCCCAUGCAAAAUGAGCUUAAUUAUGCUAAUCCUACUGGACAAACACCGAUUGCUGAAAACGCGUUCGUAGCGUGGUUCCAACAAUGUAUAGAAGAAGGCUCUAGAUCACCGACAAUUAAUCUACCAGGAAUUCAAGCAGUGUUUCAAGCACGUCAACAAGGCUGGCUUUAUCAAAACUUGACAAUGUUUCUAUUAGUUUUGCGAAAUCCUACAACGGCACCACAUAUCCUCCUUAUGUUAUUGUGGGUUGGCUUUUUCACUACAGUAUUCUCUUUUAUGAUUCAUGCUUCUCUAAUACUUUGGAAUUGGAUGAAAACAUCUGUAUACUAUGGAUGUGCUUUAAUCAUGGCGUUUAGCGCUCUGGUAACAUUUGGUCUUCCGCUGUUGCUUCAAAUGUCUAGUGAUACAACGCUUAUCAUUUGUGUUAGUCUUAUUUUCAUUCUUCGGGGCAUAAAAAAUCCAUAUAUCAGGCUUGAUGAGUUUGAAAUGCGUGAAACAUCAACAGCUCUCUCUAUGCUCUAUCUUGCCAGUUUUCUUCUCAUGAAAUUAUUUAUACUUAUUGUCCGUCUCUAUGUUUACUGUGUACCUCCCUAUCUGACGGCAGCUUGUCUAGCUUGGAUCAUCAUUUUUGUAACAUUUCAUCUUCGACGCUGGUUCAAUCCCGUUCCAGCAGUUGUUCCAGCAGUUUUCCAAUGA